CGAAUCAUUUCUUAUCAAAAUGGCGGCGUAGCGAGUGUUUACGAUUGCUGUUCGGAAAGCGUUGGCAUCUCGUAAAACAACCUUCCUGUCUCUUCGUCGAACGUUUCGACAGUGAAAAAAGUCUUUCGAAAGACGUCCUCCGAAAGCUUCGUAGAAUUUCGCUUGGUUACAAGGCUUCCGGACGGAACAACUCCAUAGGUGCCGGCAGUGUUUUCGAAACAGUCGCGCGCUCUUUCAGAUAAAUAGGAGCGUCGUGCCAGUAUUCUGGACGCCUUUUUGGUACUUCGCGAAGUUCGGCAUCGGAAUAACAAGCUAGUUCGAUUCGUCUGAGUCGCCAUGCCGUACGCCAACCAGCCGUCGGUGCACAUCAGUGAGCUGACCGACGAGAACGUCAAGUUCUUCGUCGAGGACACCGACCUGAGCGUGGCAAACAGCCUGCGUCGCGUCUUCAUCGCCGAGACGCCCACCCUGGCGAUCGACUGGGUCCAGCUGGAAGCCAACUCGACCGUGCUGCACGACGAGUUCAUCGCGCACCGGCUGGGCCUGAUCCCGCUCACGAGCGACGAGAUCGUCGACAAGAUGCAGUACUCGCGGGACUGCACGUGCGCCGACUUCUGCACCGAGUGCUCGGUCGAGUUCACGCUCGACGUCAAGUGCCUGGACGAGCAGACGCGCCACGUGACCACGGCCGACCUCAAGUCGAGCGACCCGCGCGUCGUGCCCGUCACGUCGCGCCACAAGGACGACACCAACGAGUACGGCGAGACGGAGGACAUCCUCAUCGUCAAGCUGCGCAAGGGCCAGGAGGUCAAGGCCCGCGCGUACGCCAAGAAGGGCUUCGGCAAGGAGCACGCCAAAUGGAACCCCACGUGCGGCGUGGCGUUCGAGUACGACCCGGACAACGCCUUCCGCCACACCACCUACCCGCGGCCCGAGGAGUGGCCCAAGAGCGAGUACACCGAGCUGGACGAGGACCACGCCGAGGCCGAGUUCCAGAGCGAGGGCAAGCCCAACAAGUUCUACUACAACGUCGAGUCGUCGGGCGCCCUGAAGCCCGAGAACAUCGUGCUGAGUGGCCUGAGCGUGCUCAAGAAGAAGCUGAGCGACCUGCAGACGCAGCUGUCUCACGAGCUGCCCUGCGACUCGCUCACCAUCAACUAACUGA